AUGUUCUUGGUGGAUGCAGGACCUGGGACCCCCAUCAUUUGUAUGCAAGAUGAGCCUACAGGAGUUCCAAUCAACCGAGCCGCCAGGUUUGAGACCCACUCCGCGGUGGGAUCCCUGGAUCUAGUGGCCGGUGAAUCACUUCUCAAAGAGCAAAUUUUGGAGAGAUUCUUCAUCGAUCUAGUGGCCGGCGAAUCACUUCUCAAAGAGCGAGCUGCCGCCAGGUUGAAUGAUUAUUUGGUGGGAUCCACAGAUGUAGUGGCUGGUGAACCCCUUUUUCUUCUUCCACGAAGAUUCAGACAAAACCGAGCUUGGAUGGAACUGAACAAGAUUUGGCAAACGAAUCAAAAAGUCAAAGGCUUUAUUAUUGAGAAAGUCAAAGGAGGUUAUUCAGUAGCCAUCGCGGGUUUCAUUACUUUUCUUCCAUUCCGCCGUCCUCUCAUAAGGCAAAGGAUAUCGAAUGAUCGAUUCACCAUUAAGAGCAUUAACCCCAAAAGAACGAAUAUUAUAUUGUGGUGA